AUGUUCUUCAUCAUCUUCUACUUCUUAAUUAAAACAUUAAAUAUUUAUGCCCAAAAAGAUAAUAUUUUUUCUUCUUCUCAACCACCAAAUAUUAACCAACAACAACAACAAUAUCCAGAUAUUUCCCCUUUACUUUUUCAAAAUACAAAUAUCGGGAAUGGAGGGUUUUUUGUUAGAGUAAUGCCUACAGGAUUGGCUUAUUUGAGAGAAAUUGGAAUGAAAGUAGUUAAUGAUGAAAUAUUUAAAAUUAAGUAUAAAUUAAUUAAAAUUAAUUUAAUUAAAAAAAAAUUAUUUCUUCUUCAAAGUUUACCAACAAUUACAGAAACAAUUGAUUCUGGACAAGUAUCAAUAUUUGGUGCUUAUGUCUCAAAGUAUUGGCCCCCAGUUGAUUAUUCUUUAGAUUUAAUUACUCCAGAUACUUUUACUUGGAGAAUGAGUAAAAUGCAUUUACGUUCAAAUGGAAAUUUUGAGGCUCGUUUAAAUGGGGCUUUACUUUUACCUUCUGUGCCUAUACAAGGCCAAUUUGAAUCCUUACUUGGACAUUUAAGUUUAAGUAUUUCUGUUAAAAUGUUUAGAAAUUUACAAGGAUCCCCCCAAGUUCAAUUACUUUUUUGUGCUGCCCAAGUUGGCUAUGUUGAUUUAAAUGUUCGAAAUAGUGGGGUUAUUACUGAUUUUUUUAUAAAACAGCGUAUAUGUCAAAUGAUCGAGGGAAUAAUAAAUAAUGAUUUAAAUUCAAUACUUUUAACAAUGCCUUUAAAAAUUAGAAUAAAUGAACGUCAAUUAGAUUUAAUUGGAAAAAGUUUUGGAAUUGGAAAUACAGAAGAAAAUUUAAAUAAAAAAAGAAGAAAUCGACGACAAAGAAGAAUUCCCCCUCCCCCAAAACAACACCAAUUAUUUAAUUCCUCUUCUUCCUCUUCAAUUAAUUUAUUAAAAGAAGCAUUCCCCUCCAAUUCUUCUUUACUUAAUUUUAUUUCAAAUUUACAAAAUAAAAAUUUAAUUUUAAAUUUUGCAUUAAUUGACAGUCCUUUUGUUAGUCAAGGAACUAUUAUGAUAAAAUCUUUUGGGGAAAUUUCAUUUAACGGAAUUGGAGAAACUCCUUUUUUUGCUCCAAACGUUUUAAUCCCUCAACCACAAGGUGUUCAUAUGGCUGAAUUUUUUGGGACUGAUUAUAUUGCUAAUUCAAUGCUUUAUCAUGCUUAUAAACAAAAAUAUAUGGAUAUUAUUGUUGGACCUGAAUCAUCACCUCGAUUAAAAGAUAUAUUAAAAACAACUUGCCAAACAGGUUUUUGUAUUGGAGAAUAUUUAGGUUCAUUAGGACAUCAAUUCCCCGACCGAGAAGUUGAAAUUCAUUAUUCUGCCAAAAAAGCCCCAAUAAUGGUUUUUGUGGAAGGAAAAGCUCGUUUUAGAUUACACGGAAAAAUGGAUUUAUAUGCACGUCCAAAAAAUAUUACCCAACAAAAAGAACAAAUUCUUCGUUCAGAAACUACAUUAACUUCUAAUGUUAAUUUAUGGAUAGAAAAAACACAAAUAUUGGGAAAUGCGAGUGUUGAAAAUUUAGAUUUUCGUUUAAUUGAGGCAAAUGUUCACGAUGUUGACCAAAACACAUUUGGAGAUUUGGGACUUUUUGGAGCAGAAUUUUUAGAAAAACUUUUAACAGAAAUACUUCAAAUGGGGUUAAUAUUGCCUUCAAUGAAAGGAGUUGUUUUGAGAAGUCCAAAAUUAUCAAUUCAUGAACGUUAUGUUAAAGUACAAACUUAUUUUAAAUUGGAUGAAUUAUAUGCUAAAAGAUUGGUACAAGGAGCUGUUAGACAAACAUUAUUGAAUAUUGGACGUUAA